AAAUUUUGUUCUGUCAAAAAUUUUAUGAAUAUUAUUUUGCACCGAACGAAUUAAAUAAAAAAAUAUUAAUCUAUUUAUUUCUAUAUUACACAAAAAAUCUCCAAUUCAUUAAUUAAUUAAUAAGUAAAAAAUAAAAAUAGGUAAAAAUGUCAUCAGCAACGGUAAGGAAUAUACCUCUUCUGGAUGAUGACACAAUUCCAUUUGGUGAGGAGGAAGAACUGCGGAAUACUCCACCAAAAAAAUACACUCAUCCGUAUGUUGCAUUUUUCCAUUUGUUCUUCCGUGGAAUGGCAGUUUUGGUUUAUAUAUUUUGCAAUUGGUUUAGCGAAUCAUUUAUUACAAGUUUUGUAUUUGUAACACUUUUGUUGUCAGCUGACUUUUGGACUGUUAAGAAUAUAACUGGCAGACUUUUGGUUGGUCUGAGAUGGUGGAAUUAUGUUGAUGAUGAUGGCAAAUCGCAUUGGGUCUUCGAAUCGAAACAGAGCAAAAUCAACACUAACGAGGCACGAGUCUUUUGGUUGGGAUUAAUUCUGUGUCCAGCAUUUUGGUCACUCUUCUUUAUCUUUGCAUUUUUCGGAUUAAAAUUCAAAUGGCUGUUGCUUGUUAUGAUUGCAUUGUCUCUCAACACAGCAAAUUUAUACGGCUACAUUAAAUGUAAUUACGGUGCAUCUACCGAUCUAAAUUCGGCGGCAACAGAUUUUGUCAAAUCUCAAAUCUUUAAAGGCGCUGUCGAUAUUAUGACCAAACCAAGUAGUCAACCUACAACAGCCAAGCCAACGGGUAUUGUUUAAAAAAAAUUCAUUCCGUAUUUUGUAAUUAUUACAUCUAUAAUCUUACAAUUAGAAUUGCAAAAAAAAAACAA